AUGCGAUCUCCGUCCACUCACACGAUGUCACCGUGGAUGAAAAAGCUGUUCCUUCAAUUUAUGCCGAAACUCCUAAUGAUGAGGAGGACCAAGUACUCCUUGCCGGACUACGAUGACACGUUCGUGUCUAAUGGUUAUACUAAUGAAUUGGAGAUGAGGUAUCCCUCGGUGGAAAUGCAAGCGGAGGUGCUGGCCAAAGUCUACCACUAUAAAAUGGAGAGAUCGGCCAGGAGCGAACGCACUGCCACUCAAGAGGUAAAAGGGACACGACGGAUGGCGGCGCAACGAAUGCGCGACCGCUGGGAAACGAGCCUGGCGGAUUCGUCCUACGGUGUCCGCAUCAUAGAGGCGAUCCGCCCGGUUCUCGACCAGUGGGUCGAUAGGAGACACGGGCUCCUAACGCACCAGUUUGUGCAGGUACUGUCCGGGCGCGGCUGCUUCGGGCACUACCUGCAUACAGUCGCCAAGAGAGAGGCCUCAAUGUUCUGCCAUGAGUGCUGCGAUGCGGACGAUACGGCACAACACACCCUAGAGGUGGUAGAAGACUGGAAGUUCAUGUCCAUGGUUUUGGACCGCUUCUUCCUCUGGCUGUUCACCAUUGCUUGCUUCGUGGGCACCUUCGGCAUCAUAUUCCAAUCUCCAUCUCUCUACGACACCAGGGUUCCAGUUGACCAGCAAAUCUCUUCAAUUCCAAUGAGAAAGAACAACUUCUUCUAUCCAAAAGAUAUAGAGACCAUUGGUAUUGUUAGUUAA